AUGUAUAAUAAAUGUAACGUAAAUAAUCAAGAACAUUUGUUAUAUUGUUUAGCUGCCCAAAGCAGUCCUACGGCAGCAGCCAACAAUAUCACAACACUUACUUCAUUAAUUGUAUCAUCUAUAGCUGCUCUAUCUGUACCACCAUUAUCUGUUUCAGCUGUUCCACCUUCCACUGAUCUAACUGUGCCAUCAUCAUCUACUCCAACUGUGGCAUCUUCAUCUGCUCCAAUUGUGCCAUCAUCAUCUACUCCAACUGUGCCAUCAUCAUCUACUCCAACUGUGCCAUCAUCAUCUACUCCAACUGUGCCAUCAUCUGCUCUAACUGGUUGGGGGAGGGGGUUACACGCCCCUUCUGUACAUCAAUGCAAGUUGUGUAUUUGAAUUCCUGUAAAAUAUAGUUUUAUUAUGUAUACUAUUGAUUUCAAUGUAGUAAAGAUAAAAAUUUUAAUGAAAA